AUGGAUUCUAAAUGUAAGCAAGAUCACAAUGAGUCGUCUACUUUUCUGGGAUGUGUGUUUGUUCAAGAGUCGGAGGUCAAUGCGAUUCAACCUAAUUCAGGUAACGAUAACCUGAAGCUUGGUACUAAGACAUUGACUCGGGUAGUGAAGGAAGUGCUAGAGAAAAUGUUUGAGGCUAGGUUAGAGAGGACUAGAGAAAUGUUUCAAGCUAGGUAUGUAUAUUGUGGGAAGGAAAGAGAUCACAAUCCUUUGAGGUUGGAGCCUCGGUCUACAAAGCGCGUUAGAACAUAUUUGAGUGGCAAUAAAGGUUUUACGGAAGGUGUCGAAAGUGGUGUGAGCGUUCCAUUUUGUGAGCAUUGUGAGAAGCAUCAUCCGGAUAAUUACUGGAAAAAGCGUCUUAACUUGCUUAGUUUAGCAACAGCAAGCCCUGUAGUUAGAGGAAAUGACACUGAUCAACAAGCUUUACUCCAGUGCAAAGCCAAGAUAACUGGUGAUCAACUCAACAUUAUGGAGUCCUGGAAUAGCUCCAUUCACUUCUGUCAAUGGAUCGGUGUUACAUGCGGCCGCAAGCAUCAAAGAGUCACCAAGUUGAAACUUCCAUUCCUCAAACUCUCUGGAUCAUUGUCACCCUACAUUGGAAAUUUGAGCUUCCUCAGGGAGUUGGAUCUUGCGAGCAACAGCUUCCACAACCAAAUUCCUCAAGAAAUCGGUGGUUUAAGAAGACUGGAAACAUUAGACCUCUCCAAUAACUCCAUCAGUGGUGAAAUUCCGUCCAAUUUAUCUGCUUGUUCUAAGCUUAUAUAUAUUGAUAUGACAACCAACCAGCUAACGGGAGAAAUACCUGCUUUGCUGGGUCUCUUGUCAAACCUAAAAGUAUUGGGUUUUUUCAACAAUAGUUUGAGAGGGAAUAUCCCACCUUCACUGGGGAACUUGUCAUCGCUGGAGAGACUUGGUUUAACGUAUAAUGCAUUAAGUGGGAUUAUACCUGAAUCUUUUGGACGACUGAGAAACCUUUCAUUUUUCACCAUAUACGGAAAUGCGAUUUCUGGUAUUGUUCCUGUCCCAAUGUUCAAUCUCUCCAAUAUUAGAAUUUUUGAUAUUGGUGCAAACAGGAUUGAAGGUACUCUUCAUUCUGAUUUAGAAAUCAAUAUGCCUCAUGUUGAGUACUUUUCUGUAGGGGAUAACCAAAUCUCUGGGCAAAUUCCACUUUCAAUAUCCAAUGCCCCGAAUUUGGAUGUUCUUCAAUUUUAUGAUAACAUGCUUGAUGGAAAUGUACCUUCAUUAGAAAAGUUGGAUAACUUGUUUAGGCUUGAACUAGGAGGAAACCAUUUGGGACAUGGGAGAGAAGGUGACUUGAACUUUCUUUGCACUUUAGUCAACAAUACAAAACUAGGAUUUCUAUCUAUACCCGACAAUAAUUUUGGAGGGGAAUUUCCAAAAUGCAUUAGCAAUUUUUCUAGCACACUUCAGGGUUUAUCGAUGAGUUGGAACAACAUUUUGGGAAAAAUUCCGGAUGAGAUUGGAAAUCUCAUCAAUUUGGAGCUGCUAGACUUAGCACAAAAUCAACUAUUAGGACCCAUUCCCUUUGAUAUUGGGAGGCUUUGGAAGCUAAAUAUAUUUGACGCUCACAGUAAUUAUCUCUUUGGGACUAUUCCUCACUCCAUUGGAAAUUUAACAGAGUUAACCGAACUUGUUUUAUAUUUUAACAGUCUUCAGGGCAGCAUUCCUUUAGGUCUAGGUAAUUGCAAAAAUUUGAUUCUACUGGAUCUUUCUCUUAAUAAUCUUAGUGGACCAAUACCCCCCGAAAUACUAGGACUAUCAUCCUUGUCCAUUUUACUAAGCCUAUCGUCAAACUCUUUGACUGGUGAGCUUCCUGUUGAAGUAGAAAAACUGAAAAAUCUAGGCCAACUGGAUGUUUCUCACAACAGGUUAUCUGGUUUGCUUCCAAACAACCUUGGGAGUUGUGUAAGUCUGGUCGAGCUGUAUUUGGAGGGCAAUUUGUUUGAAGGGCCAAUUCCUCCAUAUUUGAGUUCAUUGAGGGGUCUUGAGGCAUUGGAUGCAUCCAACAAUAAUCUUUCUGGUGGGAUUCCAGAAUUUCUUGUGAGGUUUGGGACAUUAAAGUACUUAAAUCUCUCUUUCAACAAUUUUGAAGGAGUGAUACCAAGUGAAGGAGUGUUCAAGAAUACAAGUGCUAUAUUUGUUGAGGGAAAUAAUAAGCUUUGCGGAGGCAUCCCUGAGUUACACUUGUCAAGAUGUAACUCCAAAGCAUCAUCAAAAACUUCCCUUAAAUUGAAGAUCACAAUAAUUGUUGUGAUUUCAGGAAAAGAAAAAAGAGCAGAAGCCAACGACAACUCACGUAGAAAAUUCCCUUCUACAGUUAUCAUACCAAAGCAUCCUAAGGGCUACAGACGGUUCUCCCCCCAGAAUUUGGUUGGUUUGGGAAGUUUCGGAUCUGUAUACAAAGGAAUUCUUGAAGCGAAUGGAGCAGUUAUUGCAGUAAAGGUGCUUAAUCUUCUGAAUCAUAGAGCUUCCAGGAGUUUCUUGGUUGAAUGCGAGGCUUUGAAGAACAUUCGACAUCGUAAUCUUGUCAAGGUAUUAACAGCCAUUUCAGGUAUCGAUUAUCAAGGCAAUGAUUUUAAAGCAUUGGUUUAUGAGUUCAUGGAAAAUGGAAGCUUGGAGGAUUGGCUACAUUCAUCUGUUGGCAUGAAUGAACCAGAGACGAUGAGAAACCUAAACUUCAUUCAAAGAGUUAAUGUGGCCGUAGAUGUUGCUCAUGCACUGGAAUAUCUGCAUCAUCGUUGUGAGACGCCGAUCAUUCAUUGUGACCUCAAGCCAAGCAAUGUUUUACUCGAUGGGGAAAUGGUUGGUCAUAUAAGUGACUUCGGCUUAGCAAAAAUCCUUUCUGGGGAUAAGCUUAACCAUUCUACUAAUGAAUCAAGCUCCCUUGGAUUAAGAGGAACUAUCGGCUAUGCUCCACCUGAAUAUGGCAUGGGAAGCGAGUUGUCAAUAAACGGCGAUGUAUAUAGCUAUGGCAUCCUCUUGUUAGAGAUGUUAACAAGGAAAAGGCCAACGAAUGAAAGGUUCAAAGAAGGUUUAAGUCUUCACAACUUUGUCAAAGCUGCUUUGCCCAAUCGAGUGGUUGAGAUUAUAGAUCCCAUUCUUCUUCAAGAGAGUGUCAGAGGAGGAACAGUAGCCGACAUCACUCUUAAUGAAAACAACCUGGGAAACGACAAAUAUCUUCAAUGCUUGAAUUCGAUAUUCAAAAUAGGACUCACUUGUUCUGCUGAAUCACCGAGUGAACGGAUGGACAUGAGCGAUGUUGUUACCCAGCUUUGUUCUAUUAGAGACAAGCUUCUCCGUCCAACUCGAUUAUAUCGUGGGAUUAGAACUGCAUAUGAUGCUAAACCAACAGACUUUAGUAACAAUGUUGUUCUGGAUCAUAUUGUAUCAAUAAUGUUAUUGAACAUGUCAAUCAAUGGCUAUUCAUGGGAACUUUAUGCUGUUGGAAUUGAUAAUCUUCGUCUUCACUUGCUUAGUUUAGCAACAGCAAGCCCUGUAGUUAGAGGAAAUGACAAUGAUCAACGAGCUUUACUCCAUGUUACAUGCGGUUGCAAGCAUCAAAGAGUCACCAAGUUGAAACUUCGGUUCCUCAAACUCUCUGGAUCAUUGUCACCCAACAUUGGAAAUUUGAGCUUCCUCAGGGAGUUGGAUCUUGCGGGCAACAGUUUCUGCAACCAAAUUCCUCAAGAAAUCGGUGGUUUAAGAAGCAAAGCUGGCGUAUCUGCAGUACAGUGCAUUACGGUAAACCGCUGUAUAGACAUGUUGUAG